CCCAAACUCCUCUUCAACUCCCCUCAAUAUCAAAACUUGACUCAGGAGAUGAUCAUUGCCCUUUUGGAAAAGGGUCUUGUGCAGAUUGGAGAGGUCGAAAUUUGGAUGAAAGUGUUGGAAUGGGGCAUGAAACAAAAUCCAGAAAUUGCCAAUAGAAGUGGAGGCAGCUUAAGUUCUGAGGAUUAUAGGAGCUUACAACGAACAUUGUUAAAGAUCCUUCCGCUGAUCAAGUUUGAGAAAAUGAGUUUAAAAGAUUUUAAUGAGAAGAUUCAUCGUCCGAAAAUUCAAACAUUCGACGUCAAUGUCAUUAGUACAGUCGGGAGUUUUAGAGAAUGGUAUCAAUUGAAUAUCUCCCCAGAGAUAUUCGAGGUCAUGUUGAAAUUCAUGUACAGCGGAAGAAUAGAUCUAAAUAGUGAAGUUGACACGCAAAAAAUCUUAGAAUAUCUCCAUGCUGCCGACAUCCUUUGGCUCUAUCAACUGUUGGAACACCUUCAACUAUAUCUGAUCCACAAUCGUUCUAGAUGGCUCCAACAAAACUUUGUCCAC